UCCUAGAGAAUAACAGAGAAUAUAUACCAUAGAAUCACAGAAUCAUAGAAUAUCUCAAGUUGGAAGGGAUUUGUCUGGGUUUUUUCAGCCUGCAGAAGAGAAGGUUCGGGGAGGUCACUUUGUGGCCUUUCAGUACUUAAGGGGAGCUUAUAUUCAGGAGAAAGAUGGACUUUUUACAUCAUCUGGCAGUGAUAAGACAAGAGGGAAUUGUUUUAAACUAAAAGAGCAGAGAUUUAGAUUAGAUGUUAGGGGGAAAUUUUUCACUGAGAAGGUGGUGAGGCACUGGAACUGAUUGCUCAGAGAAGUUGUGGAUGUCCCAUUUCUGGAGGCACUAAAGGCCAGGCUGGAUGGGGCCCUGGGCAGCCUGGUCUUGUGGGUGGAGCCCUUCCCAUGGUAGAGGGUUGGGACCAGGUGGACUUUAAGGUCCCUUCCAACCCAAGUCAUUCUAUGAUUCUGUGGUUCUGUAGCCCUGGUUGACAACUACCUUAGCUCUUGACAUGCUGUGCAAGUAGAUAGUAAAUAAAUGGAAAGAAACCAAACAACCUUUUCAGCAAAUCUAAGUCCAUAACUAUAAAAACUAGUUAUUCCUUAGUAUUAUGUUCCCUUUCAUGGAGCCAACCACAGUGGGAGCUUUAGUGGCUGGAUGAAAAGAAGCACCAUUGUGCAUCAAGAGAAUCCUACCAGAAAAAAAGCAUACCACUUUCAGAAAAAUAAGUCUCUAUUUCCAUUUGAAGCAGGAUAUGCCUUUUCUAUGUUAAGGGAAAAUAAUAUAUGUGAUAGCUUACUUGGAUGACCAUGCAUGUCACUAAUCCGUGAAGAGCAAAUGCCAUACUAGCACCUAGAGGUAAGUCCUAAAGAAGUUACCUGCUCACCAUGGGGCUCACCAGAAUCUGUCAUGAUUUUAUACACUGUUUUAUGUUAUUAUUCUUUUCCUUCUUUAAAACAUAACCUGGGAAUGGAUACUCCCUAUUUUCUGUCAAAGAAAUGUUGUAGCAAGAGUAACAACCCUAAAAGCCCUGUGCUACUUCAUCACUCAGUUUUUGAGGACCAUCUCUCAAACCAUAAAAUAGAAGACUUUGGAAGGUUACAGCCAGCGCCACAUCACACCUGGCAGACUUUCUUGAAAUAGUCUCUAUGAAAAUCUGUUUGGACUGUGACCGCAUACCCCACAGUUUGUGGUUAACCUCAGUGCCAUGAUAAUGCUCAGUAAUAAACAGUGCAGUGUAGAUAACAGCAUUCAAAAUCUAUUUAGAAUGAAUUCAUAGCACUGACACAACCAAAUAGGCUAGAAGGCUCCCAGUUCAUGUGAGAGCAGAUAAAUUUGAUCCUAAAAUCCUGGGUAAAUGGUUGUGGCAGAGAAGGUGACAGUGACCACCUGCUCCCUGGCUGGGUGCACUUGUAGCUUGCCACCAAGCACAUGACAGCAAACAGCACAUCGCCUCAGGCAGCUCAAACAAGGCUUCAGCUGCACUGCUGUGAGCAACCAACAAGCCUUCCCCAUCAUAGUUCUGAGUUCCAGGUCAGCUCAUCUCAAUUCAGCAAGGCAAAUCUCUGUUAGUAGCCUGGUUGAGCCCCUUAGGGUGGGAAUUAAACCUAUAUACUCUGGAAGCAAAUGUUUUCAUAGGAAGCUCAGUCUUCCAAUGCCUUUCAGGUAUUUUUCUUCACAAUGCGAGAUUUCUUCAUCAUUUUCCCCCUUCAUGCUUUCUUCUUAGUUUCUGGCAGUUAGGGAUGAUCUUUUCUGGGCUAUGGAGCAGCCACUAUCUGCUUUGGAGGAGGGAGCCCACAGUCUGCUUCCUGGCAAGUGGCACUCUAGUAGCCAGAGCUUCAGCAGAAACCACUCACUGAGUAGUCCUGAAUCACUGCUAGGAGUGAGUUGGAUAGUUUGCUCUAACUACUUUAAAGCAAUUUACUGGUCAACAUGAAAAAUUAACAUGAUUAUAGCUGAAUUUUCUUCAGUGAGCAACAAGACAUACUGUAUUGUUAAUAGGAAGACUGGAUAAAAAAAAAAAAAACACGCACAGUUGUGGGUGGUAAGAGAUGAACACAAUUGAAGGUGGUUUUCUCACAUUUUGCUCAUACUUUGAGUCUGUUGCCUCACACAAAACUUCCCAAAGAAGACUGUGAGGUUUAAGACAUUGCUAGUAAUAGUGGACAAAUAUAAGCUAUUUUCUUGGAGAAAAAUACACAUCUGUGCUGUUUUGGUGCUGAUCUCCACUGUGGUGAGUUUCCACUUGACUGACACACAAUGCAGUGAGUUCACGCACUUCUGUGCUUCCCCUGGAGCUGCUUCAAAAUUGCUAACAGAAAGUGAAAGCUCUGUGAAAGUCUCUAAAAACUGUGGGUAUCUGAGGAACUGCUCUUUAUCUUUUCUUUUACUGACCGUGACUGCACUGUUCUCAAAACACAGAGAGGCCACUGGAGCCUGCAGCAAAAAAUGGAAAAAUUUCACACAGUGAUGAAUAUUUGUAUCCGCUACCAAAAGACUCUGGGUUACAGCAUCGUGUCCCUGCUGACAAUUGCCAGCGAGCAAAUCUUCUCCUCUGUUGCUUUUAGGUGUCCCUGCAACUCUUGGAACACCCUGUAUGGCUGUGUCUUCCUCCUACUGCCGGCCCUCCUUCUCUUUCUGCUUGGCUACAUGGUAAGUGCCAGGGUUUGGAUCCUGCUAACGGGCAGCUGCCUUCAGGAGAAGAAACACAGCUGUGGCAUAUCGGGAAAAGGUUGUCUCUGCCUGCAAGUGCUGGUGCCCGUGACAGCCAGCACCUUGGUGGCCCCCCUCACCUGGAUCGCAGUGGCCUUGCUCAGCGCCAGCUUCUAUGAGUGCGCAGCCAGCGGGAGCAGCCUCAUCAAGCACCUGGUGUGCAGGGACAUGGACGGGCAUGAUGCAUGCUGGGAGCUGCUGCAGAAAAUACCCUGCGAUGAGAAUGUCGUCAGACAACUGCUGAAGGGGAAUUCAACUUCUAAAGGUGGACUUGUCAGCUUUCGAGCCCAGUCUCAGGUCAUAGGAUGGUUGCUGAUAGUCUCCAUCAUUAUUGUGGCACUCAUUUCAAUAUGUAUCAGCCGCUGUUUCUCCCCAAUUAGCUAUUUUCAGCUGAAGUUCUGGAAAAUUUAUUUGGAAAAGGAACGAGAGCACUUUGAAAACAAGGCUAAAGAACAUGCAGCUAAGCUGGCAGAAAGAAACAUAAAUUGCUUUUUCGAAGCCACCAACCCAACACCAUUUCAGACUCCCAGCAAUGAAGACUGGCAGAAGAUUUCAUUCCCGUAUGCCUUCAGUAAGAAUGAUCAGUAUUACAGCAUGAUACACAAGUACAUUAACGCGAACAGAGGCAAAAUCAGUACAUUCAGAGAAGGAGAUCAGUUUCCCUCUGUUUUAGGGUUCGUGGAUGAAGCACAUAUGAGUGAGCAAGGGUUUUAGUAAAACGAACAGUUUGUAACACUGGUAAUCUUUUAACCUUACUGGUCUAAAAGAAGCUUUAUUCCAUGCUCUUAAUGAAAUCAAUGCUAAUUGUACAUUAAAGGCUGGUAUUGUAAACUCCAAGGGACUUUUUAAAAUAAACUUUGUACUUUUGCUUAAGUACAUUUAAAUAAA